AUGGCUGUUGUCGCUAUUAAUCUUCAGCAAAUCAAUGAUGCCGCCACCACCCAAGCAUGGCUUUGUCGAAAUCCAGAAGCACUACCGCUCUUCUCCACCAAUCAUCGUUGCCACCAUAGACCACCACUGACCUUUCCCAUUUUGCCAUCCUCAUUUGUUGAGGUCCAUAGUGGUAUGAGAAAGGGUGUGUCUGGCGAAAGUCCACGGCUCCAACAGUUUUCAGACUGGUUGCAGAUGAAUGUGGUUGACAGGCAGAACUGGCUCGGUAUCAAGGCCUGUCUUAGCGAGACUAAAAUUUGCUCAAGCCCAGAAAUCUCCCCACCGGCGCGUGGGUUAUAUCGUCCCAUUAAGAAUGGUUGCUGUAAGCCCCCUGCUCACUGUGGUUAUAAGUUGAAGAAUGGCACCGUUUGGACAGUCCCAAGCUCGGGCUUAGCUUCUCGAGACCAUGAUUGCAUUAUGUGGAGUAGUGAACCGAAUACACUCUGCUAUGAUUGUGAGUCGUGCAAAGCAGGGGUCCUUUCGAGGAUACAGGAGGACUGGUGGAGGCUAAGCAUUGUUGCUUGCUGCCUAAUCGCCUUCCUCGUCAUCAACUUCAUGGUCGGCUGCUGUGCUUUCAGAAGUACCCGAGCUUUUGACAAAUACCAGAGAUGUGGAUAUCAGAGUUGA